AUGACAACAGCAGACACCAGCCACAAUGAAAAUGAGGUGGCAACGCCAUGUCACCUGCACCCAAUGGCUGAACGACCUCUUGCCAUGUCAACGGCUUGUGGCAACAACAACAUGGCACAUCAACAACAGCCAUUCCUGUGGAUUCUAGUGCCAUUCCUGUGGAUUCUAGUGCCAUUCCUGUGGAUUCUAGUGCCAUUCCUGUGGAUUCUAGUGCCAUUCCUGUCCAUUCCUGUCCAUUACUGUGGAUUCCAGAAUCAGUGGGGCAUGAUGAAGUACUGCAUGAACCUGCCAAAUCAGCCCAAUGUCGGUACCACAAACAGAAACCCUGCCCCAACUAUGCAAACCACAUCCAGCAAGGAUGCGCAGCAGUGCAACACUGAAACGAUGAGUCCAACGACAAUGCCAAGCCACAUCAUUGACGAUGGAAGCUGCCACGCUGCCUGA